AUGGCCCCUGCGCGUAUCGAAAUUGACUCUGCUGCUGCUUCCCCUCCUGCAACGAUCGAGAAGCCAACAGUGUAUCUACUUGACACUUUUCAUCCCGAAGCGGUUGAACAUGCGCAGAACUUAUUCAAUGCCAUAAUUCCUUCAGAUCCAAAGCAUGCACAAUGGAGAGAAAAUGCAGAAUACCUCCUCAUUAGGGGUUCGUACUUAACUGCCAAGGACGUUGCGUCAUGUCCGAACCUCAAGGCGAUAGGAAAGCAGGGAGUUGGUAUUGAUAAGAUUGAUGAGGCAGCAUGUAAAGAAAGAGGAAUCAAGAUUUUCAACACUCCUGGAGUCAACGCACAAGCGGUUGCAGAAACCGUCUUGACACUCACUAUGUCUGUGGCACGCGAAGUCAGCCGCAUCACCACAUCACAGAGCCAUGGAAAAGCUGUUCCAAAGGAGACUUGCUCUGGCCUAAUCAUCAGCAAUAAGACUAUCGGAAUUGUAGGCAUGGGAAAUAUUGGACACCGGGUGGCGAAGAUCUUCCAAAGAGGUUUGCGCUGUAACGUCGUCGCGUAUGACCCUUUUCUUCCCAAGGAUGCCUGGUCAGAUAUCGAGCACACCCGCGCCGAGAAACUAGAAUCACUGCUCGAGAAUUCGGACAUAGUUACCCUCCACAUUCCAUUGCUACCACAAACACGAAACCUCAUUGGAUAUGAACAGUUUUCUACCAUGAAGCGAAAUGCUAUCAUAAUCAACACAGCAAGAGGUGGCAUUGUCAACGAAGCAGAUUUGGAACGAGCAUUAAAGGAUAAGCUCAUUUGGGGUGCAGGCUUAGAUUGUCACGAGCAAGAACCUCCCACGAAGGAAAAAUAUGGUGCAUUGUGGGAGACUGGAAGGGUGAUGGAAACAGCGAAGGCGGCGGUGGAUCGACUAUGGGACUAUGUCAAGGUCACCAGGCAAUUGUAG